AUGAAGAUUCACUCCCAAGGGCACGAUGGAGUGCAGCACAUAACACCCCACGAAUGGGGAUCCACAGUUCGGAUUCGUUCGUUCCAUGUGGAAUUCCCAGAAGAUGAGGAGACGCCCGUAACACAUACUUUGUCUUUCCAAAGGGACUUCGUCCGAAGGGAUGGAGGGCUUAACCUUGAACAUCGUUUCCGACGAUCUGGUGGAUAUGUUGAAUUCCUCAUUAACGACAGAUUUCACGCAAUCCUUGCCCUCCGCUGGCUGCCGCUGGUCGCCCUCGUUUUCAUCACGGUGGUCAUGUACCCUUCAUGCCGUGUCUCCAGCUUUAUGGUUACCCCGAUCGUGGUUACGGGUGUGCUCCUGAAUUCACUGAUUCUGGGACUUGUUUUCCAGAAGUUUUCGUCAGCGGCAAGGAGAAAAUGGGCCCUAGCAUUUACCCAGCGACUUGUGGUCACAACUGGUUCGGUACACCAGGCCUCGCCGUCAAACAACACCUUUGUCAACGAGGGCACUUCACCCACAUCAAGCCACCACCGUACGGCAUCGGGUAGUUCCAUGCACUACCCCUCAGGAUCGCCCAGUGCUCCAUUGCACGAGCCUUUGCUCGUAGGCAUACCUGAAGAAGAGUCGUCUUCGCCAAACGCAAGUGAAGGACAUGCAUCAGAGAGCAGCGUGGACAAAGAUACGCAGCAAUACCAGCGAAAUAUCUCCAGUCAUACUUACUUGGCGCGGCCGUCGAGUGAUUCAAUGCUUAUUAAGAGCAACGAAGACGGCUCCAAAAGCAACUUGCAUGAGUCAGGGGAGGACGGUCUACGGAUAUCAUUUCGGAUGCUGAACAUUACGGAGACCUCAUUUUUCAAUACGAAGCUCGCGCUGUUUUUUUUGGUACAUCGCCGCGGGGGGCUUUCUAUUCGACAAUUUUCUAUGUUCCACACGGACACACCACUGGAGUUCAUGGCGUUACCAAUCACUGUCACAGUUGACCAACGCGACGUUGGAAGUCCUCUGAGAGAUAUUACGGAGGCUGAUCUGCGCAAUCAUGGAGAAUGCUACGAGCUUCUUGCUCUGCUUUCCUUCACGGAUAACAGGACAUCUCGCACUGUCGAAGUCAGCCGGAGCUGGAGGCUGAAUACUGCGGUUUGGGACGAGAACUUCGUCCCCAUAGUGCGUCAAUCCGGACCAGGUUCUUCUCGUGCAUUUGAAAUUGACGUUGACAACUUGAGCACCACGCGUGUAUGCAAUCGUCCUAUCUUCUAA